UUAACUCUAACUGUUUCAGGUAGCCCUUCACUACAGGCAGCAUGGUAUCUUUACGGUGAACAAGUGCGAGGUGUUGCAUAUGUGCAGUUUGGUAUUGACAUGAAUGGUCAGAAAAGGAGAAUCACUUCUAUGAAGCAACUGAACGAUCUGAAUGGAGGAAAAGUUAGUUUGACUAUGGAGGAGAUAAAGAAUGUCUAUCCUAAUACAAGCAGCCUACUGGGAUAUUCUGUGUACGUCAAAGCGUCAGUAAUGACCAGCUCAGGUAGUGACCUUGUGGAAGCAGAGAAAUCCGGCAUUAAAAUAGUGAUGUCACACUAUGUGCUCUCCAUCAGGGACACACCCAAGUAUUUCAAACCAGGCCUUCCGCUAGGCAUAGUGGUUACAGUGAGUAACCAAGAUGGAUCUCCAGCCCCCAAUAUCCCUGUUAAACUCAACUUCCUUCAAAAACCAAUUAAAACACACAGAGGCACUAUCAGGGUCUCCGUCAACAUGCCUGACGAAGAUGAGAAUCAAAUGUUGAAGGUAGAAACAGCACUUCCUGGUGUGAAUGCAGAAAAUCAGGCUGUACAGGAGAUGACUCUGGAGCCAUAUUUAGGUUUUAACGGCUACAGUAAGAACUACCUGCACAUCUCAGUGGGCAACAAACAAGUGGCGGUGGGCAGCAGUCUUAACAUCAAAUUGACCAUCAAAACUGCCUUGCCAGAACACAGAAAGCUUGUGAAGCAGCUGACAUAUGUUGUGAUGAACAAAGGGAAAAUAAUAACAGCUUCUAGGGUAGAUGUAUGCCAGACUGACACAAAUAUUCCAUUACUAGUUACCACAGAGAUGUUACCUUCAUUCAGGCUGGUGGCGUACUAUAUUUUGCCAUGGCAACUACAUGCAGAAGUGGUGGCAGACUCAGUGUUUGUGGAUGUGGAGAACCAGUGUGUAGGCUCACUCAGUUUAGGACCAGUGGAGGGAGAAAAACUCAAUUCGUACUUACCAGGCAGAAGCUUUAAAUUUCAAGUGAAGGGUGACCCGGGAGCAAAGGUUAGCCUGGUGGCUGUGGAUAAUGCCAUCUUUCUGCUGAGUAAAAACCACCUGACGCAGAGAAAGGUGUGGGAGGCGGUGGGUCAGGGAGACAUGGGCUGCACCGCAGGAGGAGGCCGGGAUAGUAUGGGUGUUUUCAGCGAUGCGGGACUGGUGUUUUAUUCCAGCACAGGAGGAUACAAUAACUCUGGAUCAGAUCAUAGCUCCAAAAAAAGAACAAUGCUGGAACAAAGAGAGAAGUUGGAGAAGAUCUAUUCUGACGAGUCCCUGCGGAGGUGUUGUGUGGACGGCAUGAGGGAGAUUCCCAUGCACUAUUCAUGCUUGCGUCGCUCUCUCUAUAUCACCGAGGACUGGUGCUGCAUGUUAGCUUUCCUCCACUGCUGUGUGGAGUACCGAGGGGAGGAGCUUGAUGUCGUGACCGGGCUUCUAGAAGAAGAAAGAAUAAACAGCUGCCGUAUGGCUCGUCUGGCCUCAUUUGAAGGACAGGACAUGGAGGAGGAAGAUGAGGAUUUAGCUGAUGUGCACACCAAGUUCUUUGAGUCGUGGCUGUGGACUGACAUCAGACUGCCCAGUGUAGCCCAGUCAGAUGGGCUGGCUGUAUUUCCAGUGGAAACCGUUCUUCCUGACAGUUUCUGUGUAGCCAAACCCUAUAACGUGCGUGCAUGGAGGCCGUUCGUCAUAGACCUGCAUGUGCCUCACUCAGUGUCCAGAAAUGAACGUGUGCAAAUCAAAGCUGUGGUCCACAACUACAUGGACAAAAACCUGAAGGUAAUGGUGAUCCUGAGUAAGACAGAGGGCAUGUGUAGUGUGGCAUUUAGAAGACCCCACAGACAGCAGGUGUUGGUGCCGGCCAGCUCCUCCAAGCUCAUCACAUACACCAUCAUCCCCCUUAAGACAGGAGAGCUCCCCCUAGAGGUCAUGGUCAUUGCACACAGUUUUAUUGAACUGGAUAGAGUGAGGAAGAAUCUACGUGUUGUAGAAGAGGGCAUCCAGAGAAUUGAGUCAAGAAUCUUUGUGUUGGACCCCUCUGAGAAAGGAAACAAUGGGAUUCAGGUGAUAAAACUGAAGAAAACUGAGUUAAACUCAGUGGUACCAAAUUCAAAGCCUGAGGCAUUCAUCAAUGUCAGAGGUGAUUUGCUGGCACACUGCAUAAAUAAUUCCAUGAAGGAGGACUCACUGGCGGCUCUGAUCCGUAUGCCUAGAGGGUGUGUCGAGCAGAACCUGGCCGGAAUGAUGCUGCUCCUCAUCGCAGUCCGUUACCUAGACCACAGUUUAAACUGGGGCACUGUGGGACUAAACCGCAGAGACGAGGCCAUCAAAAACAUACAAAUAGGUUAUGAAAAUCAGCUUGAUUUUCGAAAGGAUGAUGACUCGUACCCUUCCUACAACAAAGCAGGCAGCAGCACGUGGAUCACUGCAUUCGUGCUGAAGGUGUUCUCCAUGGCACACUCUUUCAUCAGUGUCAGUGAGAGGCAUCUGUGCGGCCCACUGCGAUACCUGCUCUACAAACAGCGUCCAGAUGGAUCCUUUCAGGAGGACAAUGAGGUCUACAUCAUCACAUUGAAGGGAGGCCUGCAGGGCUCUGAAUCCAGAGAGAUUCUGACGGCAUUCGUGCUCAUUGCUCUGGCAGAGACACCAAAUUCUGUGUGCUGCCAAGAGUCACCGACCAACAUAAAGAGCAGUUCCAGAAAAGCAGCGAUGUAUCUCCAAAAGCGCUUCCCCCACCUGAAGAGGCCGUACUCAGCGGCUAUAGUCUGCUACGCUUUAGCAUUAUCUAACCACAACUGCACGAAGAGCAUGUUGCUAAACUUGGUACUGUUUCAUAAGAAACAGUCUCUCUCUCUUCUUUUAUCUGCCUUCUUCUGUCAACAGAUCGUACCCAUUCCUGACUCUAACAAUGAAUGCUUUACACUGGAAGCUACCGGCUACGCAUUGUUAGCACUGAUCAAAGGAGGUCACGUGAAUGAGGCGAUGGCUCCAUUUCGAUGGUUAAAUGAGCGUCGUGAUAAUGGAGGAGGCUACGGCUCUACUCAGUCCACUAUAAUAGUGCUACAGGCCCUGUCUGAGUACCUAGUGAAGUGGCCUCCUCCUUCCAAACGUACAUUAAAGGUGGAGCUCCGUGUGCCUGGUCGCAAAAGUAUUCAGUGGACCUUCCUACCAAAAGUGGCUCAUAAGCUUCAAACUGCUCAGGUACCUUUUGACAAGGAAUUGACAGUGGUGGCUACUGGGAAUGGCAAGGGAAUUCUGGAGGUAGUGACGGUGUACCACCAACUUCUUGAUGCCUGCGAGAACAGCACGUGUAACAGUUUCCAGCUCAAUGUCUCUAUCGUUAAAACUGAAAAUCAUCGGCCAGAUGUAGAAAACACCUACAAGCUUACUAUCAGAGUGAGGUCUCUGGAAGAAAGGGCGAAAAUGGUGAUUCUGGAUAUUGGCUUGCCCACCAGCUUUGAGCCUGACAACUCAGACUUGGAGCAGCUCAUGAGUUCAGUGGAUCAAUACAUCAACAACUUUGAAGUGGUGGACAACCUGAGCGACAGAAGAUCCCUCAUAAUUCACCUGUUUGAGGUGUCCAGUACUCGGACAGACGUGAUCUCGUUCAGACUGCAUCAGAAAUUUAAAGUGGGGCUUCUUCAGCCAUCCACUGUCACAGUUUACUAUUACUACAACAAAGAUAAGCGCUGCAGCAGGUUCUACUCUCCUCCUGAAGACCAGCAGCUGCCUGAUCAGCUCUGCAAAGACAAUGUGUGCCACUGCUCACAGGCAAUACGUAAUUCAAAAUACGAGUAG